GAGGCGCAUGCGCAGAAUCACGCGGCAAGCUAGUAGACAUUAGCUUCCAGCAACACACUCUCCACUCCAGAAGAUCACUAAAGUAUUCUCAGCGUCGCCACCAUGAAAGAUGUCAGCGGUUACCUCAAACAGCAGCAGAGCAACAGCUCCACGCCAGAGAUGGCGGCGGAGUGGCAUGCGCUGGAGGAUUUAUACAACAAAAGAUUGUGGCAUCAGUUGACUCUGAAGCUGACAGAUUUUGUGAAAGACCCCUGCUUCAAAACAGGAGAUGGCCUCAUACAGCUUUAUGAAAACUUCCUCAGUGACUUUGAACACAGAAUCAACCCACUGUCUCUGGUGGAGAUUAUACUGUACGUUGCCAGACAAAUGUCAGAUCCAAAAGAUGCCAUCACCUUUCUUGAAAAGACCAAAGAAAAGGUGAAAAGCAGCGAAGAAGCCGUAAUCCUGUGCAAGACGUCGAUCGGCAGCCUCAAACUGGAGAUCAAUGAUCUCCCGGCCACAAAGAAAAUCAUCGAGGAGGUGGAGGAGAUGCUGAACAACCUGCCCGGGGUGACCUCCGUCCACGGACGAUUUUAUGACCUCUCCAGCAAAUAUUACCGCAUCAUUGGGAAUCAUGCGUCUUACUACAAAGACGCUCUGCGCUACCUUGGCUGUGUGGACAUCAAAGACCUCCCAGAGACAGAGAAGCAGGAGAGGGCGUUCACACUCGGUCUGGCCGGACUCUUAGGAGAAGGAGUUUACAACUUUGGAGAGCUGCUCAUGCAUCCCGUGCUGGAGUCUCUGAGGAACACAGACAAACAGUGGCUCAUCGACACUUUAUACGCCUUCAAUGGAGGCAACGUGGAGAAGUUCCAGGGCUUCAAGUCCGCCUGGGGCCAGCAGCCUGACCUCGCCGCACAUGAAGCUAAACUGAUGCAGAAGAUCCAGCUGCUCUGCGUGAUGGAGAUGACUUUCACCCGUCCUGCCAAUCACAGACAGCUGACCUUCACCGAAAUCGCUCAGAGUGCCAAAAUCCCUGUGAAUGAGGUGGAGCUGCUGGUGAUGAAGGCUCUGUCUGUGGGUCUGAUCAAAGGGAACAUCGAUGAGGUGGACCAGAAGGUGCAGAUGACCUGGGUGCAGCCGCGAGUGCUCGACCUGCAGCAGAUUAAAGGGAUGAAGGAGCGUCUGGACUUCUGGUGCGGAGACGUUAAGGACAUGGCCAUGCUGGUGGAGCAGCAGGCUCACGACAUCCUCACCUGAUCACCACCAGUCCUCAGAGGGAGAAAACCUCCCCGCUCAUCUCUUUUCUUCCUUUCUUUCUUUUUACCGCUCAUCCUUUCAUCCUUUGUUUCUGUCUGCGUUUGUUAUGGAACUGUAUAUUACACCGAGGUGUUUUACACAAAAAGUGCUACUUGUAACAAUAUCCUUGAAAAAUACAGACUGAAAUAUGUCAAAAAACAAUAAAAAUAAAUAAAAGAAAA